UUUCCUGGUGGGCGUGGCCUCCGUGGCCGCGCAGGGCGGGGCGGGGCGCACGAACUGGAGCUGAGCUACCUCGGCCCAAGUGUGAAGGGCCAGUCGGCAUGCGGGAGGCCGCGGCGGACGCGGGCGUGUCGGCUGAUGGCGUCGGCCCCACAGGGUCGCUCAUUCCGGAGGCAGAGGCGGAGGCGGCGAAGCUGCUGCCCUUCCUGAUGCCCGCGGCGCGGGCGGACCUACAGGCGGCCGCCGCGCAGCAUGUGCUGGCGCUGACGGGCUCGGGGCCGGGACGCACGCUGCUGGCCGGCCAGGCGGCGCUGCUGCGGGCUCUGGUCGAGUUGGCGGCGGCCCCGGCCCCAGCCCCGGCCCGCGACGCCGCCCGCGCCCUGGUCAACCUGGCCGCCGACCCCUGCCUGCACGAUCCGCUGCUGGCGGCCGAGCCCGAGCUCCCAGCCCGCCUACUGAGCUGCGCGUUGGACCCACAGUGGCACUGGGCCGACGAAGCGGCCGCCGUGCUGGCCAACCUCAGCCGCGAGCCGGGGCCGUGUGCCGCGCUGAUGGAGGCGCUGGGGGCCGCCGAGCCCGGGGAAUCGGGCCUGGAGCGGCUGGUGCACGCGUUGUGCACGCCCGGCUACAACGCCCGCGCGCCCCUGCAUUACCUGGGGCCGGUGCUCUCCAACCUCAGCCAGCGUCCCGGGGCGCGCGCCUUCCUGCUGGACCCCAACAGGUGCGUGAUCCAGCGGCUGCUGCCCCUUACCCAAUACCCAGACUCCACUGUGCUCAGGGGCGGGGUGGUGGGGACGCUACGAAACUGCUGCUUCGAGCACCGACACCACGAAUGGUUGCUCGGUCCUGAGGUGGAUAUUCUCCCCUUCUUGUUACUGCCCCUGGCAGGGCCUGAGGACUUCUCUGAGGAGGAGAUGGAGCGGCUGCCCGUGGACCUGCAGUACCUGCCGCCAGACAAGCAGCGGGAGCCUGAUGCUGCCAUCCGCAAGAUGCUCAUGGAGACCAUCAUGCUGCUGACAGCCACCGCACCUGGUCGGCAGCAAGUGAGGGACCAGGGAGCCUACCUGAUCCUGCGUGAGCUGCACAGCUGGGAGCCAGAGCCCCACGUGCGAGUGACGUGUGAGAAACUCAUCCAGGUGCUUAUUGGGGAUGAGCCGGAGCAUGGCAUGGAGAACCUGCUAGAGGUGCAGGUGCCCGAGGACGUUGAGCGGCAGCUGCAGCAGCUGGACCUCCAGGAGCAGGAGCAUUGUAAGCGGGAACAGCAGGAGCAGGAGCAGGAGCUGGCCCCAGAGCCCCGAGCAGAGGGUGCUGCUCCCCGCUGAGACCCCUGCAGCUGGUCCCCAGCUCCAGGCCCACGCUUACUUCCUGCAGCUUCCUGGAGGCCUCUGGGUCCCCUUGCUCAGAGGCUGGGCGCUGCUGAGAACUCUGCGUCUGCUAGGCCAAACUCUGUAGGCUGUCACUGGCAGGCUGUCAGUGUGGCCCUCACACCACUCUGCCUCCUUCCUGGGUCUGCCAUAUUUUGUACAGGACCCUUCCCUUGCAUCGUGGUGCUACAGUGCAGCUUGGCUUCCAGAAGUUCUCAGCACCCCCAGUGCAUAUGUCCUCAGUCCUAGGACUGCCUCCAGGGCUGGAGGUCAACUCUGCUUGUGCUCUCCCAGGGACGUGGAUAUCCUCGUGGGUGCGGGUUAUCUCCCUCCUCCGUGGUCUCUGUAUUCCUGCCCCAAUUAAAGCUCUGGCACGGAGGUGUGUAGACUCUCUUGUUCCGGAGCACCACCAGUGCUCCAAGGCCUGCUGUCCUCUUCCUGCAUAGAGACGUCCACACCCAUGGCUUCACAGAAUAAACGGUUUAUCUGGCCUUCA